UAUUUACAUUUUUUUGGGUGAGAAUAUCAAAGUUCAGGAAAAAACAGCUGAUAUUCCUCCGCGUGUCGGAACUACUUUCUCUGUGAUGAGUUAAUGACCUCCAGCUGUGCGCGCUGCCGACACUUCGGAAGCUGAGGGAGGAAGAGGAGACGCCAUGUUCGAGGUUCAGGUGGAGGACUGCAUGUUCCGUGGAGACGCGUCCCACCUGGCUUCUCUGCUCUACUAUGAAGGACUGAGCAGCAGCACCCUCACCCGGCUGGACCAGCUGGUUACCAAGGAGCUGCGUGAUUCUGGUUUCAGCAGAACUAUGCUUGUAUUGAAGUCUUUGGGGAUUCUGGCAGAGAACAAAGAAGACCUGCAGACCCUCAUCGGUCAUGGACUGACUGCUAAAGCAUUGAUGUGGUUUGAAGCGGUCUGUGAACGGCUGACUUCUGACUUCCAGAGAAUCUCCACCCCCCUGCUGAAUCUCACUGAGGAGUUCUUUGACUUCUUCCUGCUGCUUGGCCAAGCUUCUCUUCCAGUGAGUCAGCUGUCAGUAGUUCUUCUCCAGUUGGUUCAUCUGACUCUGGAAACAGAAGUUCACUUCCCAUUGAGACUGGAGGCCAUCAGGACUUUCAACAGCGUGCUGGAGUCUCUGAGCCGAGAACAGAGGCGACUGAUCCAGAACAACCAGAAUGAAAACCAAAUACUACCCCAGGUGGCUGCAGCAGUUCUGACAGUUGGAGACUACGAGCUGCAGGUCAGCCUAUCAGAGGCUCUGUGUCGCAUGACUCCACGCAGAGACCGCAUGCAGAAAGCCAGUCAGUGGUUCUCCAUCCCUGACAUCAGCAUGGCUUUCUGUGACAUCAGAGAUGCUGAUUUUGAGUCGGACUGCAGACGAUUCUUGAAUUUUGUCAACUGUUACCAUGGAAACCAGAGGAGGGUCUACACUAUUCCCUGCCUUCGCGCCUUUCUCAGUUCCACUCAGCUGUUUCGUCCAAAAGAUGAGAAACUAGAUGAGUUCUGGAUCGACUUUAACACGGGCUCAGGAUGUGUCAGCUUCUUCAUUGACGAGCCUCAGGGUUUCCUGUGGGGAUCCAUUCAUGUGCUGAAGGAGGUGGUGGAUCAUUACAGUCUGCAGGUCAAACAGAAUGAGACGGUCCUCAGUUUCUGGCUGAACAAUCCCAUCAUGCACCACAAUGUCAGAGGCCAGACAGUGGAGCUGACCUUCAACUGCAAACACCACAAAGAGGUGGAAGAGGCAGCUGAGAGAGUGUUCAUGAAAGUGCAGAACACCCCACAUGUCAAAGAUCCAGGUGGUACAGCCCAGGCCUUGACUGCAAACAAACACGGCAGUCGAUCGUAUGGCCGUAAGAAGGCGCCAAGUAAGAGUCAGCUUAAGAUUUUGCCUCUGUCGUCUCCGAGCAGUGAAGAAGACUCCUCUGUAUCCAAGCCUGCAGCCAGAAGUACAGCGGAGGUCCUGUUUGAUCAUAUCAGACACACAACCUCUGGAUGUCACAGUUGUCAUACUGUCAGCGACAUCACUGUUGAAACUCACCUGCCAGAUGCAAUAGAACCGGUGUCAGGUGAUCCUAAAGGGGUGGACCUACAGGUCUCCCAGGAAUUUGAAGAAAGCAGCUCCCAUUUGGAGCAGGAAGUGUUCAGAAAAAGAAAAGCUCCAGACUCAGGUUACCUGUUCCUGUAUUUAGGUUACCUGUCAGAUCAAACUGAGGGUGAGUUGGUCCAGAAGAGAAGGGCAGAGCUUCAACAAGAGGGAGAAGGAUCUAAACCACUGUCGACAGCUCACCUGGUUAUAGACCGCUCACCUGAAGAGCCGGAGCUGUCCGCAGAAGAGGCAGGACCACCUGUGGACAGUGAGACGCCUGAGCCGAGAGCAGUGACAGAGUCAGACCUGAUGUAUGGUAUAACAGCUGCCAUCAAAACCUUCAAAGCACAGCUAGAGGAACACUUCACUGGCCACUGGCAGAAAGUUGAAACUGAAAUUCUCCUUUCGCUAAAGGAGCAACAACAACAUGUGUCCGCCCUGCUCAUGGCUCUACAUCAACACAGGUUAUUGCUGCUACAGAGGCUGGAAAAUGGUGUGUCUGAUCAGGUGAAGCAAUUUGAAGAAAAGUCAACAAACCUGAACUCCUUAACCACUCAGAUCCAGUCUGAGAUGCAGCGACUCAGCUCCUUCUGCGCUGAACAACAGCAGAGGUUGAAGUCUUCGGAGGGUGGCGAGGCGGGGGUGGAGCAUGCAUCCAGCCAGUAAAGAAGCAGAUGUCUUUUAGAGACACGUUUCAAUUUCUUUUGUUAGAACACAAAGUUUAGUGUUUAAGUUUCUCUUCUGAAUAAGGACGAAAUAUCUUUGAAGACAACAAAUAAAAACGAAGAGCGGAA